AACGAUCACGCCAUUGGUGGACAAGUGAUGGGGGAAGUGCAGCUCAUCUGCGGUCACCAUACCUCGGUAAAAGUAUUUAGGGCUGGUGAAAAACAAAAAGGCGCUGUUUCUAGAGUAUUGUAAGUAAGGGCUUUGGAAAAGUUUGCAUUUUUAGGAGGAUUUUUCGGAGUCUUAUCGUUCCGUCAUGGAGGUUGGUGAAGAGUCGUCUCCCACUCUGGCAUUCGAGAAGGACGCGCUUGACCUCACGGUUGAAGAUGUUUAUGACAUUUCGUACGUGAUCGGACGAGAUUUGUUAAAAAUCAGCAGCACGGGAGAAGAAGUGUCGGAUUUGAAGUUCAGGAUAGUCCGCAUUUUAGAAAUGUUCGAGACUUUAGUGAAUAAGUACAACUUGUCCCUCGAGGAACUGAAAAUGGAGCGGGACAACUUAAAGAGUGAACUAGACAGGCUCAUCAAGGAUGGCUCGGCGGGGCAGGCCACGCGAAUAGUCGGACCAAAUCAGCUGCUGGUGGACCUUACAGACCCCAACAGACCGCGCUUCACCAUGCAGGAGCUGAAGGAGGUACUGCAGGAGAGGAACCGGCUGAAGGCUCAGCUCAUGGUGGCCCAGGAGGAGCUUCAGCUGUACAAGAGUGGGAUUCUGCCACAGGCUGAACCAGCCAUGGUGGAAGUGGAUCUGGAGAUACCAGCAACUACAGAGCACAGUUCAGCCACCAUAAAUGAUGCAAAAGAGGAGAGGAUGACCAUAGGCAAAUUGUUUUCAUUCAGGCGAAAAUGAAAAAUCUAUAGCGAGAUCUGAGCACGUAGAAGACAAACAGGAUUUGUCAGCCUACUGUAUCAUCAGUUAGCCACUUUUAUACUAUUUUUUACAAUGUCUGUUUCUUAAUCUAACAAGCUCUGUACAGGGUUAUUCAAAAAGAAUGAACUGAUCUCAUUACGCAUUGCUUCAGUUCUCAAGCAUCAUCAUGGAAUGAGUCAGUGACCAUUUGAACGAGGAGUUAUCUAAGUUUUGAAUGGCUGCCACAGGCAUUAACCUUGAUGGCCUUAAACAUCGAAUAACAACAGCGAUCAACUCAGUGGAUCGUGAUAUGCUAAUACACGCCUGGGAGGAAUUCCCUUAUUGCAUUGAUGUUGCCUGUGCUGGCCACAUUGAACACUUUUAAGACAGGAAAUAAAAGUUGAUUGUGAGUAGAAUACUUGUGACUUGGCUGGAGUUUUGUAUUACUUUUCCUUAAGAUAUUGCGUAAUGAAAUCGGUUCAUUCUUUUUGAAUAACCCUGUAUUUUGUACCUGUUAUUUGAACCUAAGGUGGUUUGUAGUAAUAUGGAGUUGCAAAAUGAAAUUACUGUGUAUAUAUAAAUAUAUAUUAUGGAAUGAUUGAUAUCAAAUGAAACUGGAAAGUAUUAUCCAACUAGUUGGAGAUUUUGAGUGCACUCAAAAUUGUUUUUUUACUCAGUCUUUCCUUUGGGAGUGAUGAAGUACUCUAUUUACAGACGAAGUUUGCAACAGGCUUCAUGUCGGUCCAGUAAUCGACACACAUUUUCAGCUGUCAGCUAUCAAAGCUGUCCGCUCAAAUUAUUCAUUAAAAUAUUUUUCUGUGUUUGGCUACUUUUUAAAGGCUUCUGUUAUUUAACUGUGAUGCAGAAGGCAUUUGCCACAGACCAUAAACUACAGUAUUUGACUUCACACAUUAAUAUCAGGGUAAUGAGGACAGUUAUUCAAGUCAUGGAGCAGGAUCUUAAGGGAGGACCCCUGUUGACAGCUUAAAAAACAAAUUUCUCAGCAAAAGAGAACCAAAGAACAGACUUUACUGAAUUAACAGAGUUCACUCAAAAUUUUGUUGCACAUGCUAAAGGUACUGACAACACAGCUGCUGUCCUUCCACGACACAAUGUUUUUGUCGCUCUGGCUACAAUAGAACAUUCACAGCAUUAUGAACUAGAUUUUUAUUUGCCUGUUUUUCCAGUUUUACCACUCCUUUGCAAUACUUUGGUACAAAUUAGCAUCAUCUUCACCAGUAGCACUGCAGGAUGGUUGUAAAUAUGACAGUAGGGUGCCUGUAGAUUAAAGUGCAAACCCUAUAAACACAGUGUUGUUGGUUCUAUUCCAACUGGAGAAUGGUGUCACAGGUAAUCAACUCAUGGUUAAACAUCGUUUUCCAUGAAAGCUGCAAUGAAAAACUAUUUUAUUCUUCAAUUUACAGCACAGGUAAUAAGUUACAAUUGUGAAUUUGAAUGGUCAGAAUUAUAUUCCUACAAAAUGUCACAUUGUCCAGGAGGUUUCCUGGACAAUGUGAAACUUAUCCAGGAGAAAAACACUUCAAGCUUGCAUCCAUCUACUACAGUUAGGUAAGAAAUAUAAAAGCAUGAUAAAAACAACUGUUGCAAAAAUACACUGAGCUGACGCUUUAGCCUCCACCUAAAACAAAAACAGUUUUUGUACUUAAAAAAAAAAAA